ACACACACACAAAAAAGAAGGAAUACGUAAAAAACCUGAAAUUCGUCGACAGGUUUGGUUGCAUCGCACAAGUUGAUUGUUUUCAGGUGUGUGCUUUCUUUUACCAGUCUAUUAGUAGGAAAGAAACAGUUGACUCAGCUCGUUCAGCAUUUGUUCUCCCCGGCCAACGCGUUGAAGACCAAGGCUAUUUUUCCUUCAAAAUUUUUUUAACAUUUCCUGGAACUACUGUGUCACUUUUUUUUUUCUGGCUUUCCUGUAAGAUAAACGUUUGCCCCCAUUGCAUAUCGUUGAGUUCCAGUUUUCAGAAAUGGAUCUUAGCCAGCUCAACGACGAUCAAAGAGCUACCCUAAAGCAGCUUCGUGAAGCCGUUAAGGAUUGCAAACUUCCACAGUCGGACGACGUCUACCUUCUUCGAUGGCUCGUCGCUCGUGAGUUCGAUUUGGCUAAAUCUGAAAAGAUGUUGCGAAAUUCGAUGGAAUGGCGCCAGAAAAACAGGGUCGACACGAUCACAGAAGACUGGAAGGCACCCGAAGUGCUUACUAAAUACUGUGCCGUUGGCCACGUUGGUGCUGAUAAGAACAAGAGUUACGUGGUGGUAUGCCGACACGGAGCGAUGGACUGGAAGGGCCUCCUCCUCUCCGCUAAGAAGAAAGAUUUGAUAACGUACAUGGUUAAAAUUGUAGAGCAGAGCAUCUUGGAUGCUAGAAAGAAUCCAGCGAGGUUCAUACCAUCGCCGACGACCAUCAGCCAGGCCACUAUCAUCUUAGACAUGGACGGCUUUUCAAUGCGUCACAUCACCCACAAGCCGGCCCUUGAUACUGUCCUGCAAUUGCUGCAGAUGAACGAGGCCAACUAUCCGGAAUUUCUCCGACGCAUUUUCGUGAUCAACGCACCAAAGGUCUUCUCCAUUAUGUACUCGUUAGCGAAGCCGUUCAUGCAUGAAAAAACGAGGAAAAAAGUCCAUAUCUACAGCCACGAUGCUGAACAGUGGAAAGCAGCUCUUUUGGAAGAUUUCGAUCCGCAGGAAUUGCCCGCUUGUUACGGUGGAACUCUGACCGAUCCCGAUGGAAAUCCCUACUGUAUCACAAUGGUGAACUUGGGUGGCGAAGUUCCAAAGUCUUACUACCUUCCUCGCAAUUUUGAUACGACCAAUAAGAAUUGUUUGCCGGUCUGCCACGGAUCCAGAGAGCAAUUGGAAUUUCGAAUCAAUGAAGCUGGAGUUCACCUCAAGUGGGAUUUCCAUUCGGAAGAAGGUGAUAUCUCGUUUGCCAUUUACCGCAAAGAAGAUGGCCAAAUGAUUCCGGUCGUUCCGCACGAACGUGUCGAUUGUCAUGUUUCACCCGAAGAAGGCGAAAUCUGUUGUGGCAGCACUGGUGCCUAUGUCGUCGAAUUCGACAACAGUUUCAGCUACUUCCGUUCAAAGAAAAUUUGGUAUUCCAUUACGAUUGAAACCAACAAACCUAAUUGUUAGAACGGCAUCAUCGAUGUGGAGGAGUUGAAUCAAAUCCGAGGAGAACAUGGAUUUAUAUUACUAAAAUAAUAAACUGCUUAAAAUAUUAAUAAACAUAGUUUCCAUUUG